GUAAGGUUAUAUUAUUGUCAAAAAUAAAGGUGUUUAAUUCGAGCCUAUAUUGCACAACAUUUUUAAAUUUAUUCAUUACAUUUCGUAUUAGUGCUUGUACGUGACGUAAAGGACGUAAUAUUAUAGAUAAACGUACAGUUGAAUAAGUAUGUAAUAAUGGCUACAAAAACUGAUAUAGUAAAACCUAAAACUGUUAGAAUUUUUGAAUCGGAUCAUUUCGAGAGAUUGCUCAAUGGAUUGCAAGUAGCGGCAUGCAUGCUGACUGAGUCGCAUCAAGUUGUGGACGAGGCUAGUGUGCUCAAGCGUCUCAGAGCCUUAACCAUCAAUGGGCCGUCAGAUGGUAACAGCUGUUCCUGCUGUGGAGUUGGGCCAUUUGAAUCUCGCAUGCAGCAGACGGCACAUUAUAAGCAACAUUGGCAUACACAUAAUUUAAAGAGAAAAUUGUUUGGAAAGGCUCCAUUGACUUUAGGACAGUUCAAUUCAAAACAAGAUGACUCAAGUGUAUCGGGCAGUGAUUCUGAAACUGAGGGGAGUGGGUCCAACCCCGCAAGUGAUCUCUUUGCCGCGGCUACCAGACACUGCAAAGCUUUCUUUACUAAUCAGAAGAAGCAAGUGUUUUGUAUUUACAGAUGUGUAUUGCAUCAUAAAAAGGAGGAGCUCUCAACCGAUGGUGAAGGAAUUGCUUGGGUCGAAAGAUGUCAACGACUAACCAGACCUGGUUAUCAAAGAUGGGCUAUUCUAAUGGUAUCUGGUGGUCACUUUGCGGGUGCAAUAUUUUCGGGUGGUAUUGCCGUUCUUCAUAAAACUAUGCAUUCAUAUGUGACUCGUAGAGGCCAGGGUCAGGCACAGAUAUCAAGGGACCAGCAUAGCAAUGCCCCUCGGUCUGCUGGUGCUAGUCUGAGGCGAUAUAACCAAGCACAAUUUUUGGAGCAUGUCCAAGAAAUCAUAUCUGGGUGGACAGAAGAUUUAAAAGGGUGUUCACUUAUUCUAUACCGAGCUGUUGGACCAACAAAUCAAGCUGCUCUCUUUGGGAAGAAUUCUCCAUUGAAUAGAGAUGAUUUGAGAGUAAGAGUUCUGCCAUUCCCUACCCGGAAGCCCACUUAUAAAGAAGUGAAGAGGGUACAUGAAACGGUUGCGAGUAUCGAGGUGUAUGAUACAAUGGAAUUAUUCCAAAAAGCGCUAAUUGCUUCAACCACUAAGACAACCACAAAAUCAAACUCGGACACUUCUGUUGACCGCAGUAAAAAAACUCCAAGCAAACCAAUUGAUAGAGCUAAGUCUAGAGAGCGAGCGCCACGUGAGCUCCCAACACAAUUACUAUCGAGCGAAGACGAAGGUCCGAGUUUCAUAGAUCAAGAAACACCUGUAGGAUGGAUAAAGACUCUUUCAGAGCAAUGUACGAACGGCGUCAUUAGUAAUUCUAGAAAAGAUCUUCUAAACAAUGUCUCGGGACGAAGUAAUUCGUCUGAGAGCGAAGAGGAGAAUGUAGUGAAGAGGAAAGAUCAUGUAAAGAAGAAGAAGAAAAAGAAACCGGAUGAUAGUAAGCCACUCAAAAACGUCUCGUCUAAAGUAUCUGCAAAUGUUAAAAAGAUGUGGAAAAUGAUAUCAGAUAAGGAGUUCAACUCAUUAGAGACUAUCCUGGAAAGUUUCGAAGAGAACGAAUUGGAAGCAGCUUGUAACAUGCAAGAUCCCGUGGACGGCAACACCGCGCUACACAAGGCCGCCAUUGCCGCUAAACCGGAUAUGGUUACUAAGCUGCUGGAAGCGGGCAGCGACCCGUGCGUGCGCAACGCCCAGCUGCAGACGCCGUACGCGGCCACCACGCACGCACACACGCGCGUCGCCUUCCGACUGUUCCAGGCCACCUUCCCGGACAAAUACAACUAUAACAAGUCACAAAUACCAGGCCCCGUGACACCGGAACAGUUAGAGCAAGAAAAAGAGAAGAAAGCUCAACAGAAGAAAGCGAAACGUCAGCGUGAGAAAGAGAAGCAAGCCGAGAAAAUUAAGAUGAAUAAAUUUUUGCAGAUGGAUGACUCUGAAAAGAUGAAAGCUGACGUCUUGAAAUGUUUUCUAUGCGCCGCUAAUUUACCGAAGGAUCCAUUUGAAUACAAUAGUUAUAAAUUUUGUUCGAUAAAAUGUCUCCAAAAUCAUAGAAAUCUACGACCAUUGCAAAAGAGCGCGUGAUGUAAUAAUAAUGUAACUUAAUUUUUACAUAUAAUUAGGGCUCGCUUGCAUUUAAUACUGGGUUUGAUUAAAAUUUGAAACAAUUUAGUAAUUACUCAUUGUUAAGUAUAAUAAUGUGAAAACAAUUAUAUUUUUAAAAUUCGUAAACCAUUUCUCAGUUUUAUCGCAAUUCUAAAUAUAUUGGAGUUUUAGCUCUGGAAUUAAACCCAGGGUGGGGCCAAUGAAAAAUUAUUGGCUUUUUCUAUCAAGAAUUUCUCAAUAGCUGCCUGGUGUUUGGCUAUUAUCAGUGACUUGAAAGCAUGGCACUUGAUUUAUUUUAUCUAUUAGGAGAGCCAGUAGCAUUGUACAAUAUACAUUAAAAAACCACUGUGUGCAAAAAACUAUGAACGCCAAGUACAGCUUUAUGUAUAACUAAUUUAAUUUAAUUUACUAAAUGUAAUAUAUUAAAUAAUAGGAAGUUUACACUUUUCUCGUUAAUUUAAGUGUGUGAAACGGCCAAUUACAACAACUUAUUUGACGAGCCGGUUGGCGUGGUUGGUAGAUACUUGCCUUUCACGCCGGAGGUUGUGGGUUCGAUUCCCACCCAGGACAGACAUUUGUGUGCAUGAACAUGUCUGUUUGUCCUGAGUCUGGGUGUAAUUAUCUAUAUAAGUAUGUAUUUACAAAAUGAAAGUAGUAUAUGAUAUACUAAUAUCAGUUGUCUGGUUUCCAUAGCACAAGCUUUGUACAAGCUUAAUUUGGGAUCAGAUGUCCGUGUGUGAAAAAUGUCUCAGGAUAUUACUUAUACAAUAAUAUUAUUUACUGAAAUCUCCGAAAUGCGCUGUAUAUUCAAGUACAAGUUAUUAGUUGAUUUUUCAGAUAGUGAACCUAAGAAGUCCAAAACAUACAAUAUUCAUAAUAAUUAUAAUACCAGUUUUAUAUUUGUAUUGAAAACAACCAAUGUUAUAAAUAUUUUGUAGUAUUAACUGCGCUUAUAAGUACAUUAGUAAUAAGUACAUUCGACCGAGUCGAAGAGUUAGAAACGGUCCAGUGCUUAGAGCAUUACCUUGACCGAAGAUUGUGAGUUCAAACCUGGGCAAACAAUACUGUGUUUUAAUGUGCUUGAUUUGUUUUAAUUUAUCUCUCAUUCUAGUAAUUCUAAUUGCGAUGUGUGUCGAUUAAAGUAGUUUUAAUUAUUUCAUUUGCGUCUUUGUUAUACGUGCCGAUAUGGCCUAGUGGUUAGAACGCGUGAAUCUGCAUCACUGAAUUUUCAUGUGCUUAAUUUGGUUUUUAAAAUUCAUCUCGUGCUUGACGGUGAAGGAAAACAUCGUGAGGAAACCUGCACGUGUGUCUAAUUUAAUUGAAAUUCUGCCACAUGUGUAUUCUACUAACCCGCAUUGGAGCAGCGUGGUGGAAUAAGUUCCAAACCUUCUCCUCAAAAGGGAGGGGAGGCCUUAGCCCAGCAGUGGGAAAUUAACAGGCUGUUACUGUGACCUGUGUCGAUUAAAGUAGUUUAAUAUAAAGGUAUAAGGUGUGACCCACCAUGCUAUUGUGAGGAACUACAUGUGACAUUUGAUACCAUUGACUAUAUUAGUAAUUUCAGCGGUAUUCAGAAUCUUCUCAACCAUGGAUCACAAGGCUACAAUUAACGCACAGUUGUUUCAACAAAAAACAUAAAAAAAACUGUAAACUUCAACUAGACAGUUCUAGUUUAGUAAAUGUCUGUUAUAGAUUUCGUUGUUCUAGUUUCAGACUUGAGGCUGAGCCAGUAUAUUUUGUUUGGGUUUUUUUUCUUUUUUGUGGCGUGUAUCUACGCUAUUUGAGCACAAGUUUUGGGGUUUUCUGUCAAGACAUAUUUAAUUUAGAUUGUGACAGUUAACACUCUCGUGCCGUUCUCCCGUCGUAUUGGAUUGCGAACUUUCCUACGCCGAGAAUGAGGGAAGUGCAUAAUAAUCGUUUGCGUUCACAUUGGUACUCUUUUACUGCGCUCUCCACUUUACACUCAGAAAGACUAUACACUCAGUAUACUUAUUUUAAUAUUAAAUUUAAGAAAAAUAUUGAAAUAUUAUUAAUUUUUUAAGUGGUUAUUUAGUGUGUUAACAUUGAGUUAAAUAACUCGUGUGGUUGUUAUUGCUAUCGCUGAAAGUGUGCCUAAUUUAUAAAAUGGGGAUAAAUAUAAUUUUUUAUUAAUAUAUGGUGGAUAAAUAAUUUAAUAUUCGAACAAUAUUGAUAAUAUGAUCGUUAUUUAUUUAAAAUAUAAAAUUAUUACUUCAAUGCAAUAUUAAUGUUAUAUUGAAUAGUGACUUUAUAUAAUAUAUUUAUUUUUAAUCGAAACUUUUAUUAUCUGUAUUGGUGUAUUUCUGAAAUGUGAGUAGUAUGCCAGUACUUACAGUCAGGCAUGGGAACAUAAUAACAUCAGUUUUAGUUUAGAGCUAUAGUAUAGUCAAGCUAGCGCUUGACUGUUAUCACACUUGACACAAAGUGAUGAUACACUUUAAGAUGGAGCGCGCUUGCCUAGAAUAUGCCUAUUCACUUUAGACUUGAAGGUCUAUUGUAUUAUAAGGUAUAUUGUAGGUGGUGGGGAAAACGGAGGUCGGGAGGUAUUCCAGAGUUUUAAGUCUAUAUAAGUGAGUAUUCAAAAUCGUUUCGUAUGUGUCUUAGAUGCGUCAAUUACGUACGGGUGCAGAUAUUAACGAUAAAAAACAGAUGUUUUUUUUAUAUUAUAAGAUUAAUAUAAAGUUACCACCGGUUUGGAAUCUACCGAGAAAAACCGGCAAGAAACUUGAUAAUUAUUAUUUAAACAAUUAAAUUACAUAGUUAGGUUAUCACCAAAUGAAAGGGUUUACUUAUAAGUGAUGGAUGUAAUACAAUAGCAUACAUGUUUUAAUAUAAGUGUACUUAAUGAAAUAAAUAUAAUUACUUGAAGCAAAUGCACACUGCCCUGAUGCUGAA